AUGGCUGCUGCCGGAAAUGGUAUUUCACGGCGGCGACAUAGAGCCGGAAGUUUCAGAGAUUCUCCAGAGGAGGAAGGUCCGGUGGAGUUACCGGAGGCGGCGAGGUUGAGAGAUCGAGGAGGGAGUAAUAAGAAGGAUCGAGAUCGGGAACGUGAUAGAGACAGAGAGAGGGAAAGAGAAAGAGAUAGGGAGAGAGAUCGGAGAAGAGGAGAACGUUUAAUGAUGGUUCACGGUAAUUUAGACGACGGUGGUGACGAUAGCUCUGAAGAGAGUGUUAACGACGAUGAAGAAUACGACGACGGAGGUGUAGGACCACCUUCUUCUUUGAAGAUGCUUCCUCCGACGAACAUCUCCGCCGCUUCGUUCUCAUCGUCUCUUUCGAAUCAUCAUCACAACGGUGGUAGCGGUAAUCUCCAUCACCACAACAACCAUCACAGCCACAAUAUUAAUAACCACCAUCAGAAGAAAAAUUUCCCGCCGACGAAAGUUUUCAGAUCGAAUCCUUCUCCGGCGCCGGUUUCACCUCUCGUGUCGACAUGGAAAGCCGCGGAUGAGAUGAUCGGUGUUUCGGUUCCUAGAAAAGCUCGGUCAGCUUGUACCAAGAGACCGCAUGAAUCAUGGGCGUCGAGUACUACAGGCGGUGGUGUUUUUGCUUCCGGUGAACAAAUCCAUCGGCAAGUUUCGUCAACGUCUCCAGCUAAUAGAGUUAGUCCGGCUUCGAUUUUAGCUUCUCCGUCUCCUCCAGCGCCUACAUCUCCUUCUUCUUCCAGCGUUUCUGUCCGGAAAAAAUUGCCGUCGGGGACGAAACAGAAGCCGUUACCGCCGAAGUCAUCAUCAUCGUGUAAGUUAUCAUCUCCGGUGGCUGUACAAGACGAGAUCGAGAUCGAGAUUGCUGAAGUGUUGUACGGUAUGAUGAGGAUGCCUUUAGCUACAUCGAAACAAGAAUCCGCCGGAAACGAUGUGACGGAGGCAGGUGCGAAAUCAACUGUAGAAGUCAAAUCUAGAGUAUCGUCGCCGCCGAUCUCUAAUCCUCAAACUCUUCCUCAAUCAUCAUCCAUCACACUGGCUGCAAAUUCGAGUUCCUCUAAUGUUUCAGCCAUCGCUCCUAAAAGAAAGAAACCGAGACACGUCAAAUACGAAGACGAGAACAGUUCUCGCGUCACUACGAUCAAAUCCGAAGGUGAAGCUCCUUCGAAAAGUCAAGUUCCGUUGGGUGAUCAGUUAAAGAGCUCAGGAUCCGGCGAAGGAAUUAGCUCUGUGUUGGAUUCAACCAUUCCUCAAGCGAGAGAAAUCCACGCGGCGUUAGAUUCGAGAUCAGCAAGUGAGAAAAGAGCGGAGAACAAUCAUGUGUCAAAAGAGGAAGUUGUAUUGCCGAAAGUGGAGUCUUCUUCAGGAUUUAGAUCCGAUGGUGAUGGAGCUACCACUUUAGGAGCUAAAUCAAGUUCGCCGGAAAAGGAGAAGUUUGAGAUAGAUCUGAUGGCGCCACCGCCGGUGAGAUCUUCAUCGGAGAGAGGCGGCGGAGAGAUGAUGGAAUGUGUGGCAGCGGAAGCUAAACUUAAAGUCACGGAAGUGGAAACGGAAGCAAAGCCUUUGCUAAAGGAAGAUAGAGGUGCUGCUGCGACGACAUUUCAUGAUGCUGAGGAGAAGAAGAGACCUAGAAUGGUGGCGGAAGCUGAACACCAUAAGUUAGAAAGGAACUGUGAACUCAAACUCGACAUUGAUAAAUCUGAUCAUGUGGGUUUAGUAAACAAGCAGCAUCAUGUUCAGAAACAGCCACCGCAACAACAACAACUAUCUCUUCCUGAUAAAACAGCUCAAGGUAGCCAUUUACCUCUGCAUGUGUCAAUGCCUGGCUGGCCUGGUGGUCUUCCUACAAUGGGAUACAUGGCGGCACCUACACAAGGUGUUGUGCCUACGGAUACCAGUUCCUUAUCAGCUGCAGCAAUGCAGCCUCCUCCGCAUUUACUUUUUAAUCAACCGAGGCCUAAGCGCUGUGCUACACACUGCUACAUUGCUCGAAAUAUUCAAUCUCAUCAGCAAUUUACAAAGAUGAAUCCUUUCUGGCCUGCAGCAGCAGGCUCAGCUCCACUGUAUGGGACCAAGGCCUGUAAUCUCAGUCUCAUGCCUCCCACAGAACUUCAGGGGAGUGUUUUGGGUAGAAGUUCCAACCCUGUUCAAGAUAAGAACUCUCAAUCUACUUCUAAAAGUUCAGUAGAUACUGCUCAACGAAAUCAAAUAUUGCUUCAACAAGCUCUGCCACCUGGAGCAGCCAAUAACAUCUUGCAUGGACCUACAUUCAUCUUUCCCAUGGGCCAACAGCCUCAUGCAGCUGCUACAAUAGCUGCUGCAUCUGUCAGACCUUCUAAUAGUGGUAUCACAUCUUCUGGAGCAACACCUACUGCAAAUGUUUCUGCUUUAGUUACUCCAGCUGGUGCGCCAACAAUGAGCUUCAGUUAUCCGGCCAUGCCAGGAAAUGAAACACAAUACCUGGCCAUUUUGCAGAAUAACGGUUAUCCGUUUCCAGUCCCAGCUCAUGUUGGUGCGCCACCUGCUUAUAGAGGAGCUCCUGGGCAACCGAUGCCAUUUUUUAAUGGUCAAUUCUAUUCCUCCCAGAUGAUCCAGCCUCCACAUCAUCAGCCACAAAAGCAGCAACAACAGCAGCAAAAUGGUCAAAUGCUCCAGAGCCAUGCUCCUAGCAACCAAAAUGGGAGUGUUGCCACUGGUUCCUCAGCAGCUCAAAAGCAUCUGCAGAAUCAACAGCUGAGGCCACCGAUUAAUCACGGGAACUCCCAAGGAUUUCCAACUCACAAAAUCGGGUCUCAACCUUUGAGUUUUCAGCAUAGGCAGCAACCAAGAGAAAAUGCAACUCAACAUAGCGAGACUGUCGGAGAAGAUAGCCCAUCAACUGCUGAUAGCCGGGGUUCGCGUUCCAAUGUUGCUUGUGGCCAGAACUAUGGUAUGGCAAUGCAACCAACCAACUUGGCUUUGAUGAGUUCAGCAGCACCUGGUGGUGGAGUGGUUGGAUCGUCUAGCAGCCAUGUCACAGGGUUAUGCUAUGACCUUUGCGACGUUCAAUGGGGCUAA